AUGGCACUCGGAUUCAAUGAGGUGUUUGAAAGCAGGAUGUUAGAAAAUGAGAACAUGGUGGUGGCUCACCUAAAACUCAUUGCAGAAGAAUUCAAUCACAAAAUCUUCCAGAAGUUUGGACAACAUGCUGCACCAGCUAAAAGACCAGCUCAAGAACAAAUAUUGGCUUCAGUUGCACCAGCUCAGAAAAUUACCAAACCUGCUGCAAAAUAUGGAGUGCCUUUAGUGAUGAGGAAGCCUUGUGAUGUACCUAAAAAGCCUAAUGAUAAGAAGCCAUUGGCUAAAUCUAGACAGGCCUUUCCAAUGAAGAAAAUGAAUCCAGGGGAAGAAAGGAGGAAAAUGUUUGAGGAACCUUCAAAAAAGAAAAGGUUAGAAUUGCCUGAAAAAGAAAAACGCCAAAGAGAUCAGAUCAGUUUACCGAAGGCAGAUGAAAUGAGAAGAUCAGAAAAAGAAAGGAUGGAACGAAUAAACAGAGCCAGGGAACAAGGAUGGAGGAAUGUGCUUGGUUCAGGUGGAAGUGGUGAUGUUAAGGCACCUUAUUAUGGCGGUGGAGGUGGUGCUGGUCCUUUUCCUGUUUCUUCCAGAGGACAAUAUGAACACUAUCAUGCUAUUUUUGACCAGCUGCAACAACAACAUGAAAACAUUAGAGUAGCUGAAGAGAGGGCAGCCAAAUUGAGGGCAAGACUACAAGGCCGAGAAGCUCUUGAAAGAGGAAUUCCACCUGGAAUACGUCCAGGAGUUCCUAAGGGGCCUGCAGGUCAUCACCAUUUACCUGAUGCUGGUGCAGUUAGGAAAAAAAUGAAAAGAUUGAAGGAGGUGUCUAAACAAGCCAAUGCAAACAGGCAUAAAGGAUGGAUAGCUGCAGAUAGAGCAAAGCAAGUUGAAGAAUUCUGGCAACGGAAGAGAGAAGCCAUGGAAAACAAAGCUCGAGCUGAGGGACAUAUGGGUACACUGCAAGACAUGGCAGAUAUCUAUGGAGGCAGGCCCUUUUCUGCAAGAGGAAGGAAAUCCAGAAACAAGGAGGAAGAGGAGUAUUUGGCAAGAUUAAGACAGAUCCGGCUACAAAACUUUAAUGAGCGUCAACAGAUUAGAGCAAAACUUCGUGGAGAAAAGAAUGAAGCUGCCAGUUCUGAUGGACAAGAAUCAAGUGAGGAAGCAGAACUGAAACGCAAGAAGAUAGAAGUACAGAAGGCCCAAGCAAAAGCUCGAGCCGCAGUUCUGAAAGAACAGUUAGAGCAGAAGAGAAAGGAAGCAUAUGAAAGAGAGAGAAAAGCCUGGGAAGAACAUCUGAUAGCAAAAGGGGUUAAGAAUCCUAAUGUGCCUUUUCACAUGGGAGCUGCAGAACAUAGUCCUGUACAUGGACCACAAGAGCCUGAACCAGCUGUUCCUAAACCACAACUUCCAGCAAAGCCCAGUACACCAGUCAUCUCCAUGACUUCUGCUUUGAAGGAAGUUGGUGCGGAUGAAAAUGUAACUGCUAUCCAGGAAGUUGAGGAGGAAACAAAAAAGCCAGGUUUUGCAAUGCAAAAUAAACGAGAAAUACUGAGAAGAUUAAAUCAAAAUCUUAAAGGUCAAGACGAUGAGAAAGGAAAAAAGGAGUGUCAAAAUAUCUCUGAAUCAGCUGGGUCCGAAGAUGGAAAGGAACAACAAGAAGGUGACCAGCCAAUUCUAGGAGAUCGCAAGAAAUGGAAAUCUGGAGCGUCUGAAUUGGUAGUUCCUCUAGCUCAGUUAACAAUGGAAGAUUCGCUCUCUGGAACAGACCGUCAAACUCUGGGGGAAGUAAUCAAGUUAGAUAUUGGUGAACCCCACAGAAAAGUGUGGGGCAAAAGCCCUACUGAUUCAGUCCUGAAGAUCCUAGGAGAAGCAGAGUCACAGCUACAAACUGACUUACUUGAGGAAUUAGAUGUAAUAAGUGGUACUGCAGAACUUCUUGAAGGAGGUCAUCAGUGCUCAUCAGAGGAGAAGGAAGAGAAAGCUUUUCCUACUGUUGGAGCUCAGUCUUCAGUACCAGUCGGUGUUACAGAGUCUGACAUGACUAUACCAGAAGAAUCUCAAAAUGCUAGAGCUACUCGGGUGGAGGGCAAACCUGUUAUGCUGGCUGAGCCUGAUGAUUUGGAAGCAGAGAUGUUGGAGGAAACAGAAGAUAAAAAGCACCAGAGUAAGGAGAGCAAGAAAUUUCCCAUCACUGUUAAUGAAGUGUGGGUAAAAGAGAAAGAGAAUAAGGCACCACAUGAGAGAAGAGAUGAGGCAGCUGCUGAGAAACUAGUGCUUGACAAGGUGCAACCACCAAAGGAAGCUCCAAAAGAAACUUGUUCCAGUGAUUCUCUGCAACCUGAACCCUUAUUCCAGAGGGUAAUACAGCCCACAGCUAUACCAACAGACUCGCCAGUUCUGUCAGCUCAGUCUUCACAGGAAGAGCCUUUUGUACCUCGUUCACGUUCCAUAUCACCAGCAAAAAAUAAAGGGAAAAGUUCAUUGCUGAUUGGACUUUCUACAGGGCUUUUUGAUGCAAAUGACCCAAAGCUGUUGAGAACAUGUUCACUCCCGGAUCUUUAUAAGCUGUACAGAACCUUAGUCGAUGUUCCCAGCGUAGCAGAUGUGCAGCAUGAACAUAAUCUUGAAAUAGAUGAUACGGAAGAUGAGCAAGCUAAAGAAGGACCCUCUGAUUCUGAGGAUAUUAUGUUUGAGGAGGCAGAUCCAGAUUUGCAGGAACUCCGGGCCUCAAUGGAACAAUUGCUUAGGGAGCAGCCUAGCGAGGAAUUCAGUGAAGAGGAGGAGUCCACUUUGAAGGCUAAUGUCAUCGAAUGCAUAACAAAUGGUACAGAGCUGGACGAAGGAGAUGAAAAUAACCCCAGCAGUGAAAGUGGACUUAAUGAAGAAUGGCAAUCAGAUAAUAGCGAUGGAGAGAUUGCCAGUGAAUGUGAAGAAUGUGAUAGCAUCUUCAGCCAUUUGGAAGAACUGAGAUACAACCUGGAGUGUGAAAUAGGCUUCGAUAAGUUCAUUGAAGUUUAUGAGAAAAUCAAGGCUAUACAUGAAGAUGAAGAUGAAAAUAUUGAUAUUUGUUCAUCCAUAGUUCAGAGUAUUCUUGGAAAUGAACACAAGCAUCUGUAUGCCAAAAUACUUCACCUAGUAAUGGCAGAUGGAGCCUACCAAGAAG